AGACUACUGCAAAGGCUUUCACAGCAACUGCUACUCUCGCUAAUUUGCUUUGGUUAUUCGAGAGUUUGAAUUUUGCUGAAAACAUGUUUGUGGCGGAGGCGGCUGUGUCUUCCAUCUUUGAUGUGGUGCUUGAGAAGUUGGUGGCUGCCCCUUUGUUGGAGUAUGCACGCAGUCAGAAUGUUGAGGCCACUCUCCAAAAAUGGAAGAGGAUUUUGUUACAUAUUGAAGCUGUGCUGACUGAUGCUGAGCAGAAGCAGAUAAGGGACAGAGCUGUUAAGCUUUGGUUGGAUGAUCUCAAAUCUUUCGCUUACGACAUGGAAGAUGUUCUGGACGAGUUCAACACUGAAGCUAAUCGGCAGAUCCUGAUACAUGGACCCCAAGCUAGCACCAGCCAGGUACACAAGCUCAUCCCAACUUGUUUUGCUGCUUGUCAUCCUACAUCCGUCAUAUUUAAUGCAAAGGUUGGUGGAAAGAUAAAGAAAAUUACAAGGGAGUUGGAUGCUGUUGCAAAACGAAAGCAUGACUUUCAUUUAAGGGAGGGUGUUGGAGGGUUGUCGUUUGAGAUGGAAGAAAGGUUACAAACCACUUCCUUGGUAGAUGAGUCUAGCAUUUAUGGUAGGGAUGCUAAGAAGGAGGCUAUCAUUCAAUUUCUCUUAUCCGAGAAAGCCUCCAGGGAUAAUGGUGAUAAUGGAGUUUCUGUAGUUCCCAUCGUAGGUAUGGGUGGGGUUGGUAAAACAACCCUGGCUCAAAUUAUCUACAAUGAUAAGAGGGUGGAGAGCCACUUUGAUACCAGGAUUUGGGUUUGUGUAUCGGAUCGAUUUGAUGUGACAGGGAUAACCAAAGCAAUUCUAGAGUCCGUCACUCAUAGUUCAACUGAUUCUAAGAACUUAGAAUCAUUACAAAAUAGCCUGAAGAAUGGAUUGAAUGGGAAAAGAUUCUUCCUCGUUCUAGAUGAUGUGUGGAACGAGAAGCCCCAAAACUGGGAUGCCUUAAAGGCUCCUUUUAGGGCUGGUGCACAAGGCAGUAUGAUCGUAGUAACAACUCGUAAUGAAGAUGUUGCAUCGAUUAUGCGCACUACUGCCUCUUCUCAUCACCUUGAUGUGCUAUCCUAUGAAGAGUGUCGGCUAUUAUUUGCAAAACACGCCUUUGCACAUAUGAAUACAAACAUCCGCCAAAAGUUGGAACCAAUUGGUGAGAAGAUAGUAAGAAAAUGCAGAGGCUUGCCUUUGGCUGCAAAGUCGCUUGGAAGUCUAUUACACACUAAACAAGAUGAAAAUGCUUGGAAUGAAGUACUGAAUAAUGACAUAUGGGAUUUUCCAAUUGAACAAAGUGACAUUCUUCCAGCUUUAUACUUGAGUUACCAUUAUCUUCCACCAAAUUUGAAACGAUGUUUUGCAUAUUGCUCCAUAUUCCCCAAGGACUAUAAAUUUGAAAAAAGGAAAUUAGUGUUGUUAUGGAUGGCAGAAGGCUUAUUAGGUGGCUCUAACGGGGAGAAAAUUAUAGAAGAUUUUGGUAACACAUGCUUUGAAAAUUUACUUUCAAGAUCUUUUUUCCAACGAUCCAUUGAUGAUGAAUCACUAUUUAUGAUGCAUGAUUUAAUUCAUGAUUUAGCACAAUUUGUAUCGGGGAAAUUUUGUUCUUGGUUGGAUGAUGGAAAGAAAAAUCAAAUUUCUAAGCAGACCAGACAUUCUUCUUAUAUUAUUGCAAAGGAAUUUGAACUCUCCAUGAAAUUUAAUCCAUUUUAUGAAGCUCAUAAUUUGCGGACCUUUCUUCCUGUACAUACAGGUCAUCAAUCUCGUCGUAUCUUUUUAAGCAAGAAGAUCUCAAAUCUUUUAUUGCCAACACUGAAAUGCUUACGGGUUCUCUCUUUAGCUCAUUAUCAUAUUGUGGAGUUGCCUCGCUCAAUUGGAACUUUGAAACACCUACGCUACUUAGAUCUUUCUCGUACUUCAAUUAGAAGGCUCCCUGAAUCAAUAACCAACCUUUUCAACUUGCAGACAUUGAUGUUGUCAAAUUGUCAUUCUCUUACUCGUUUGCCCACAAAAAUGGGGAAACUAAUCAACUUGCGUCAUCUUGAUAUUAGUGACACUAGCUUAAAGGAGAUGCCAAUGGGAAUGGAAGGGUUGAAACGUCUUCGAACAUUGACUGCUUUUGCUGUUGGUGAGGAUAGAGGGGCAAAAAUUAAAGAGUUGAGGGACAUGUCACACCUUGGUGGCAGACUUUGCAUUUCCAAGUUGCAGAAUGUGGUGGAUGCUAUGGAUGUCUUCGAGGCUAAUUUGAAAGGCAAGGAGCGUCUUGAUGAGUUAGUAAUGCAGUGGGAUGGCGAUGCUACUGCUCGUGAUUUGCAGAAGGAAACAACUGUGCUUGAAAAGCUACAACCUCAUAACAAUUUGAAAGAGCUGACCAUCGAGCACUAUUGUGGUGAAAAAUUUCCUAACUGGUUAGGCGAACAUUCAUUUACUAAUAUGGUGUCCAUGCAACUCCACGAUUGUAAAAAUUGCUCAUCCUUGCCAUCGCUAGGGCAACUUGGAUCUCUCAAGGAGCUCUCUAUUAUGAGGAUUGAUGGAGUGCAGAAGGUGGGACAAGAGUUCUAUGGGAAUAUUGGGUCUUCUUCGUUUAAGCCAUUUGAAGCCCUAGAGAUUCUGAGGUUUGAAAAGAUGUUAGAGUGGGAGGAAUGGGUUUGUCGUGAAAUUGAAUUCCCUUGUUUGAAGGAGCUUUAUAUCAAGAUAUGUCCAAAGCUGAAAAAGGAUUUACCCAAACACCUUCCUAAAUUAACAAAACUUGAGAUUAGAGAAUGCGGGCAGCUGGUGUGCUGUCUUCCAAUGGCUCCCUCCAUUCGUGAAUUGAUGUUGGUGGAAUGUGAUGAUGUGGUCGUUAGGAGUGCGGGCAGUCUCACCUCAUUGGCUUCCUUGGAUAUACGCAAUGUUUGUAAAAUACCAGAUGAAUUAGGACAACUGAAUUCUCUUGUAAAGUUGUCUGUGUAUCGUUGUCCCGAGCUAAAGGAAAUGCCACCCAUUCUUCACAACUUGACAUCUCUUAAACACUUGGAUAUCCGGUACUGUGACAGUCUUUUGUCUUGUUCGGAGAUGGGGCUACCACCAAUGCUUGAAAGGUUUCAAAUUGUUCACUGUCCCAUUCUGAAGUCCCUAUCAGAGGGAAUGAUACAAAAUAAUACUACUCUCCAACAAUUGUACAUCUCGUGCUGUAAAAAAUUGGAGUUAUCAUUGCCUGAGGAUAUGACGCACAACCACUACGCUUUCCUUACUCAAUUAAAUAUAUUUGAAAUUUGUGAUUCUCUCACGUCCUUUCCUUUAGCUUUCUUCACAAAGCUUGAGUAUCUUCAUAUCACAAAUUGUGGAAAUCUGGAGUCCCUUUACAUUCCAGAUGGACUUCACCACGUGGAUCUCACAUCUCUCCAGUCAUUGGAAAUAUCUAAUUGCCCUAAUCUGGUAUCUUUUCCACGAGGAGGAUUGCCCACUUCCAAUUUAAGACGGCUUUGUAUACGUAACUGCGAAAAACUUAAGUCACUGCCCCAAGGGAUGCACGCCCUCCUUACAUCCCUUGAAUAUUUGCAUAUAUCUAGUUGUCCAGAAAUUGAUUCAUUUCCAGAAGGAGGUUUGCCCACUAAUUUAUCUGACCUUCACAUCGGGAAUUGCAACAAACUCUUGGCUUGUCCGAUGGAGUGGGGCUUGCAAACGCUACCCUUUCUUAGAACGUUGGAGAUUGAAGGAUAUGAGAAAGAAAGAUUUCCCGAGGAGCGAUUUCUGCCCUCCACUCUCACCUUCCUUCAAAUUAGGGGUUUUCCAAAUCUGAAAUCCCUGGACAAUAAGGGGCUUCAGCACCUCACCUCUCUUGAAACCCUGGAGAUUUGGAAAUGUGGAAAGCUCAAGUCCUUCCCAAAACAAGGGCUGCCCUCCUCCCUUUCUCGUCUUUAUAUUAGAAGGUGUCCUCUGCUGAAGAAACGGUGCCAAAGGGAUGAAGGGAAAGAAUGGCCCAACAUUUCUCACAUCCCCUGCAUAGUGUUCGACAGAUACGAUAAGAAAAAUACGGAGGUGAUCUUAUCAUGAGGCCCUUCCAUUGAAGCUCUUGCUCUCCUCUGCAUUUAUUGGCCCAGGAAUGGCAACAAACUUGUGGCCAAUCGGAUGGAGUGGGGCUUGCAAACGCUUCCCUUUCUUAGAACGUUGGGGAUUGAGGGAUGUGAGAAAGAAAGAUUUCCCGAGGAGCGAUUUCUGUUCUCCACUCUCACCUCCCUUGAAAUUAGGGGUUUUCCAAAUCUUAAAUUCCUGGACAAUAAGGGGCUUCAGCACCUCGCCUUUCUUGAAACUCUGGAGAUUUGGAAAUGUGGAAACCUCAAGUCCUUCCCAAAACAGGGGCUGCCCUCCUCCCUUUCUCGUCUUGAUAUUGAUGACUGUCCUCUACUGAGGAAACGAUGCCAAAGGGAUAAAGGGAAAGAAUGGCCCAAGAUUUCUCACAUCCCCUGCAUAACAUACGAUUGGGAAGAUGAGGUGAUUUUAUCAUGAAGGCCUUCGAUCCAAGCUCUUGCUCUUCUCUGCGUUUAUUAGCCCAGGAGUAUCUACUAUCAUCUUAUUGAUGGAGGAAGGUUGUCCACCAGAAUUGUCAGUUUACUUGAUUCACUACUUGGUUUUUGCAAGCACAUCAAAAUGUGGGGAACAAAUGGAAAAAUCUAGGUGGUAAAGCCCAUGCAGACAAAUCAUUCCUUCCCAGACAUUACGACUUAGAUUCUUCAGAUAUGUCAAAGGAUUCAACAAAUGUAUUCAUAGAUUCUAAUCGGCUAUGCGUCUAAAACAUCCGACUAAUAUCAUUGGUAGAGAAAGAUUGUGCAAUUUUUGAUAUCUGCAUGUAUGAUGCCAUGAAGGGAGCAAAAUUUUCCUACCCGAUGAAGGACAUGUGGGCAUAUCAUCCAUAAGAGAAUGUUUUGAAAAAGUUCAGAUAGAAUGGAGUGUUUUGGAAAAUGUAUUAGCAGCUGCAAGGUACCUUGCCCUCAAUUAGGAAUGAUGGCCACACCUGAAUGUGGAUUCAAAUUCUGUGAAUCUCAUAAUGUGAGGACAACAUCUAGUUUGUUGUUGUUCUUGUCAAGAGAUUGUUUUUCACUGCUCAGGAUUUCAAUCUUAGGCAUUUCUGAUCACUGCUACCAGUCCAGAAUCCUGAAGGCAUGUCAUUGCAUUGAUUCCAUGAUCUUGCUCCAAACAAAAGUUUAGUACUCUGCUUAAGGAUUGCCAUUGUGGCUGCUCCAUUCCUUGAAAGGAUGGAGAUUCUGGUCAAGAUUUGCUGGUUAGACUAUAAUGUGGAAUCAUGAGGACAUGGAAUUAAAUAGAGACAAUAACCAAUUAAUCCACUUUCCCAUUCUUCUCUCUUCAAUAGGUCUUGGAUAUGCCAUUCUGUAUAGGAAGAGCUUAAUCAGCAUUUGAAAAAGGUACUUGAACCAAAGUAGCAGCCAUUGCAAAGACAUUUGAUGGAGGCUUCAUUGGAGCAUGUCAGGAUGGUUAAUGAGCCUUUAUCAAGUCAACAUUAAAUGGUAGGUUCUAAACUUUGGAAUUUCAACACAAUAAAAAGGUACGCAAAUUGGAUAGUUUUUGUGCCUACAAUAGAUGCACUUUCACACUAGCACCUUAGUUUUAGAGUUUUUGUGAAAUUUGUGGAUGUAUUUACAACUGCUUGCUCCUAGGAUGUUGACCAACAAGAUUGCUUGUGGGAAGGUGAUGUGGAAUCACAAAUAAGUGAAAUGAUAUGGAAGGGAUAUGCAAUUGAUACCCGUCUCUAUUUUGCUCACUUGAAUGUGACUCAAGUACAUCAUUAUGCCUGUCUUCGGCUAACAGUAUUCAGACAGAUUUCUGCCACCUUCAACUACGGUCUUCUAUCACCAUAUAACCAUGUGUUGAUGUUCAUCCUAAUAACUUAAUUCUCAUGCCCUAACUUGAAGAAAUGGUGGACAACCAAGUAUGAGAAAUGAGGAAAAAUUAAAAGAGAAGUUAUUAAAUUUGGAAAAACAGAGUAUUGUUGUUUGAAGUAGACUGAAAUGUGCAAGGAUUUGUCAUUGAUGUAGGCUUCUACUGUAACCACUAUAGUUUUCCAUGUUAAUGGAGUUUCAUGCUGGCUCCUUGCUACAAUGGAACUACAAUGUCCUCCAUGCACCUUUCAGUAGCUCUUAAGGUUGUAAAUAUGGCUCUGUAUUCGGAUGCUUGUUCAUAUGAUGUAUGGAUCACGCAGUGAGUGGAGAAUUGGUUGCAAAUUUGGUGCAGAAUCACAAGCACUCAGACUAACUGAAUGACUAGGCAUCAGAACAAGCUAUUCAGUAUUUUUUUUUCUCCAUUGAAUAGAUGGGAUUAAAACAUGGGCAAUUGUGGAAAGGAAGGAAUCGUCUUCUUCAUUAUUGAUUCAUAUAUCAACUAAAAUGGCAACAUUUGCAGUUGUUGGAAACCUCCAUGGCAACAGUUCUUAGGUCUUUUAAUUUUGAAUACAUGAAACAUUUUUCCCAAUAUAUGUUGUUCCUUCUAUUCCCCCCUGGGAGUGUUUUAUGAUGAGAUAUUAUUGAAGUUGUACUAUUUCUAUAGUUCAGCAAGAUAGGGGGCUAUUCAGUAUCUUCUAGUCAUUCAGCUUUACUGAUAUGAUUCCAAAUCUUAAGAAUUAUUGCAUUUUGAAUAGUAAUGAUCUUCUUUUAACUA